UCGACGCAACUGAUUCACCAGCGAAUAGUGUGACUCACAACUUUUCUUUGUGUCGAUAUAGAAAAAUAUUUCAAAAAAUAAAAUGAAGUUUACGCUAGUUUUUUUGCUGAUGUGUUUCUUUUCAGUGGCUUGGCAGCAGCAGCACGCCCAUUGGGCAUCACCUAACAUUCGAAUGCCAUUUUAUCCGUAUCUGAAUCAAUUAUCCAUGCCCAUUUAUGCAUCCAUUCUUGCAUCGGAGCUCAGACAUUUGCGUUAUUCAAAUUUACCAGCAAAACAACUUGAAGACCAUCAAUUAGAAAGAUCGUCGAUAGAAAGUUUCCAGGAAGGCAGAACGAAAGGAGAUCAAAGAUCAUUCGGUUUGGGCAAAGUCAAUUAUUUGGCCAGCCUGAUCCUUUAUUCGCUGUCACUCACAGUCACCAGCACCAGCUACACAACAACCACGUCCGUCAUUACUGGUGCAACUGUACUCACCUGUUUUACUAGUACCAUGUUCUCAACGACCGUUGCGUGCCGACGCAAACGAGAUGCACUUUCCAAUCUUUUGAUUGGCGAUGAUGACCGUCAAUAUCUCAGCGCUCCAAUUGAAACUGCGGUGGAUAGCGCAUUUAAAUUGCCCAGAGAAGGCAUAGACGUCAAUCCUGGCGAUCUAAUCGCAUCUUCUCAAAUUGAACGAGAAACCGAUGUUGAAUUUGCUCCCAAACUAAGCGAGUCAUCCAUCAACCGUUAUGCCAGAGAUGUUGAUAUUGAUACGGUGACAUUGACCUCAACUGUAACUACAUAUUCCUUGUCUCUGUCUGCUAGUAUUCGAACCGUAACAAAUCUAGCUGCUACCACCGCUCUAUCCUGUUUACCAUCCGGAUUCACCCUCUGUUAAAUAAACUUUUACAACAGCAAAACAUGCAAUUUGUAACGUUUUUAAAAUUCUUGGGUUGAUGAGAUUUAGAAAUGU